CCCAAGCUACAAACAAAACAAGAAUAUAAAGACAAGUCAAAAAACUCCCCCCCAAAAAAGAUGCUGAAUAAUAAUGAUCAACUGCAACUAGCCAUAGCAAGCAGCAGUCACGCCAACCAUGAAGAAGAAGAGGAGCUGAUUAGAGAGAUCCACGCCCUGACUCCGCCGCGGCAGCCACCACCGGAGAGAACCACCCGCGCGAGAUCAUCGGCUUCAUCUCUCUCCGUCGCAAGCAGCGACAACUUCACCAGCAUGAGCCGAGAGUUCAACGCUUUGGUUGUUGCCGGAUCCUCGAUCGCCGAUCAGCUCCGCGACGAAGGUGCUCAUAAUAACUUGGAAAUGAUUGGGGAAGACGAGGAGGAGCCGCCGUAUCGGGAGACCAACCCUUUGGCUAUCGUGCCGGAUACCGCUGGGGCGGCGUCGCCUAGACGCGCCGGCGGCGGGUCGUCGUCGUCGGCGGCCAUGGUCAGUGGAGAGGCGACGGUUCAGAUGGUGAAGAGAGAAGAGGUGGAGGCGAAGAUUAGUGCAUGGGAAACUGCGAAAAUCGCAAAGAUUAAUAAUAGGUUUAAGAGGGAAGAUGCGAUUAUCAACGGCUGGGAGAGCGAAGAGGUUCAGAAGGCAACUUCAUGGAUGAAGAAAGUUGAGAGGAAACUGGAGGAGAAGAGGGCAAAAGCGUUAGAAAAGAUGCAGAACGACAUUGCGAAAUCUCGGAGAAAAGCAGAAGAAAGAAGAGCUUCCGCGGAGGGGAAGAGAGGAACCAAAGUGGCCGGUAUUGUUGAAUUAGCCAACCUCAUGAGAGCUGUGGGAAGACCUCCUGUCAAGCGCUCCUUCUUCUAGCUACAGAAUAUUAUAUUAAUUACUCCCUAUAUGUUAAAAAAAACCUCAUGUUAAAGACAAAUCUGAACAUUAUACUUUUGCAAUAUGUAAUGCCGUGUAAAAAAAACUAGGAAGUGCAUGAAAAUGUGUGCAUGCUUAGUCUUUAGUUUGGUGUUUACAACACUAUAAUUUUUUGGACUAAAUUUGCAUCUAUAUU